AAAUAAUUCAGCCGUGUUAAUUUGGUAAGUGGAGGCGCCUUACCAUUGCAAAUCAAAAACUAAAUGCUAUCGUAUAUGAAAAAAUAUAUUAAAAAUAACUUAAGUAUUAAUCGAAACCGAGACUUCAUUCUCUUCACUUCACUCUCUUCACAUUCCUCAAAAUCAAAACCGACUCAUCGAAGUUCUUCAGAGUUCUCUCGAGUCGAAGCUUCAAUUGGUAUGAGUUUCGAUUUGAUUCUGAGUUUAGAAUAGAGACUGGUUCUCUCGAGUCGAAUCUCUUUGAUUUUGGGUUUCUCUUUGAUUCAAAUCUCUUUUCACAUGCAUGUCCGCGUUAACACAUGAUUCGAUUUUGAUUGUGCGUUUCGAUUAGGUUUUGAAUAUGAUUGUGGGUUUCGAUUAGGUUUUGAAUAUGAUUGUGGGUUUCAGUUUGAUUUUGAAUAUGAUUGAAGGUUUCGAUUUGAUUUUGGGUUUAGAUUUUUUGAUCGAAUGGCUUGAUUUGAUUUUGGAUUUGUUUAUCAGUUUCAGAAAUGGCAAAGACAAGAGGACAAGUUGGUUCUCGUCGGAGUAAACGUAAUCAAGGCUUGGAGGUAGUAGAUCAAGAGGACAAGGCACCGCAACUAAAAGUGAAGAAAAGAACAGCAAAGAAAACGGCUUCCCCUAAAAAGAAUUUAGUUUUAACGCCAACGAGAAGAAGUAGUAGAAUCAAGAAAGUGGCUGCUGAAGAUGAUUACAUAGAAGAUGUAACACCAUCUGACGAUGAUGAGGUAGAAGAUGUUACACCUCCUAAGGAUGAUGAAGUACAAGAUGUAACACCUGCUCAGGAUGAUGAAGUAGAAGAUGUAACACCCGAAGAUAAGGAUGAUCAGGCUGAGAAGUCAAUGUCUGAAGAAGAUAAAGACGAUGAAGAGGAUGUCAAUGGGAAAGAGGAUGAAGAAGAUGGCGAUGUCAAUGGGAAAGAGAAUGAAGAAGAUGGAGAUCUCAAUGGGAAAGAGAAUGAAGAAGAACCGGCCAAUAUGGAAGAUGAUGGAGUUCUUAAUGAGAAAGGGAACGAAGAGGAAGCUUGCGAAGAAGAAGCUCGCGAUAUGGAAGAAGAUGGCACUGCGCAAGAUGAUGAGAUUCCUAGUACUGAAGGAGUUGAGCUAGCAGGGGAGGAAGUUUCAAAAAAAAAAAAAAGAGGACCUACAAAGUUGCGUAGAGUGGCUGAAAAUCCCAAUGAUAAGAUUAUGGUCACAUUCAAUGACAUUGGUGAGCAUGUUGGACCUGGUUCAGUAACCCUAUCGUCGUUUCUUGGUCCUCUUGUGAGGGAACAUGUUCCGGUUACACUUGCCGAUUGGAGAAAACUUGAUGCAGCGACUAAAGCAACAAUGUGGGAAGAAAUUCAGGGGAGGUUUAACUUGCAAGAAGAGUGGCAGAAAGCUGUUAUUUUCAAGCAGCUGGGAAAUGUGUGGAGGGCUGGGAAGUCAAGGCUGGUGUCACAAGUACGUGUGGCGAAGACUGCAGCUGAGAGAAUAGCUUUAAAACCGAGCAACAUCCCAUCCCUUCAACUGUGGAACACUUGGGUUAAGAGUAAGACUACCAAAUCUUUCACAGAAACGAGUAACAAGUACAGAGCGAUGAGAAGAAAUCAGAUUCCUCACACCACCAGCCGCAAAGGAAUGCUUCGUUUAGCUGAUGAUAUGGUAAAAGAGUAGUCAAACAUCUACAUAUUGUAGAUCAGCUUGUUAGAUUAAAAUGGUAGUGAGAUAUGUUUGUUUUCAUAUA